CUGCUCUUGUCAUUAUCAUCCAAAGAGCCUGAAUUAUUUCAAGAAAUAGUGCAGGAUCGAAUUAUUAAAUUUAACAAUACAUUGACUAAUUCACAAGAAUUCAAUGCCAUUAUUAGCUGUGUUAUUCGAAAACUUGAACUGGAAGAUGAAUCUAUCAAGAAGUUAAAUUUGACCAAGAAUGAAAAAAAAUUUGAUCAAAAACUUACCACAGAAGAAGGCUUUAGACUAUUAAUUGAAAUAAUUUUUGACAGACUAGCAUGCCCAAUUACAAAAAGAUUGACUGGUGACUUUAUUGUUUUAAUAUGUGGACAUUCUAUUGGCCAUCAGUUCAAAAGUAAAACUUUUAAAUGUCCCUUUUGCAAAGUUGACAUUGAAUCAGAAUCUGUAUACUAUCUUUCUCGAAACGCAAUGCUUAAAGGUCUUGAAGAAUAUCUAGCACAGGCCGGGUAUAUUUAUUCUGAAGAAGCUAAUUCUUUGAAUUCUUUGAAGUUGAUCAAAGAAUCUCAUUCUAAAAAAAAGUUAUUUGCAUUUGAAAAAGCUGAAAUAGCCGAAAAAAAUCAUAAGCAUUCUAUAGUAAUCAUGUGGCUUACUCGAGUUUUGCAUUUUUAUCCCAAAA